UCUCGGACAUUGAUUAUUAUUAUUUAUUUAUUUACUACAGCGUUUGCCUAUCUUUUUCUAUCACACUCUUGAACUCCAACCAUAACCCUCAAUAAUGACUGCAAUUUAGAGUUAAUCUUACUUUCUGUUUCUUUUUUUGUAAACAUGUCUUUGUGAUUUUUAAAAUUACAAUAAACAUUAUGAUUAAAAUUGUUAAUAUAUUUAUAACUGCCCUUUGUACCCUUUAUUGUCUGGUUAGUGAAUAAAUAGAGUUUGUUGCGUUUAAUUAAUUUAAUCCAUCCAUCUAUUUUCAGUGGGUGGUGAGUCCACUGGAAGGUACCAACUGCCCUAACCGGGAUUCAAUCUUGCCCAGGAGGUGAACCCUGGUGUUCCAAACCAAUGACAGAGACCUGGACCAAAGCACCACUUAAUUUAAUUAAUUUAAUUUAAUUAAGAUACUUUAAUCUGAAAUAUAAUAAUUAGCAACAACUUUCAACUCUCACUCACACUUUCAUUUUACAAUAAAGAGAUGACGCAGCAUGCAUUGCUUUAAAGGGUAAAGAAGGGCAGUUCGAACAAGGAACUACAUUUGAAAACUAAAGUGUGUAGCCUAAUGUUUCUUGCAUGUUCAGGGAUCUUCAAACAGGAAUAUUGAAGGAAAAUCAAAAAAAGUUACAGUCAGCAACAAAGCAGCAAAGGAGUCUUGAUGCACCUUAAAAGACCCACAGACUUUUAUAUUAUGUAUUUAUUUUCUCAACGAAAUUCUUAUGUAUUUUACUUUAAACAUUUGUUUCAGCCAUCAUGUGUGGUUAAUAUGGAAUAUUUCCUGGUGACACUGACAUUUUUUUGUAUUUUAUUUUAAUCUAGAUUUUCACCUAUUUAUUUAUUUGUGUAUCUUUAUUUAACCAGAACCAGAACAGGAAUUUAUUCACAAAAGGCGCUACCAGGAACAAACCCCCCAGGAGGCAAUGAACAAUAAUUUACAAAAACUGCAGUUUUCGCCGGAUCUGUUAAAAUAUUAAUAAAAGGAAAUCCCAAGAAGAGUAAAUGGCUGCAGACGUCGGCCGGAAGUUUGCCCAAUAGCCCUGAGCCGUGCUUUGACUGAUUUAUAUACAGUGAAUGGUUCAGAUGGCUGCAGUCAACGAAAGAGGGAGAGGAGUGAGUGCGUGUGUGUGUGAGGGAGAAAGGGAGUGAGAAAGAGAGAGAGAGAAAAGAGAGAGUAAGAGAGAGAGAGAGAGAGAGAGAGAGAGAGGACUGCGCAAAAACCACGGUCAGGAUUUGUGCCUGACUGACGUCAUGGGGAUCCACACACUCCUCUGACAGGACCAAGACUAGAAAAACACCAGGGGAUAAAUGACCAUCAUCCAGAGAAUCGAGGGAUGUCGACGUCUGCCACAACCGGUUGUGCAACACCUGUAAAUCGAAUAAAAUAAAAUAAGGAAAGGAAAACCAAAGGCAGGAACGGCGAAUUCGUACCUCUCGCCCGUGCGUCUUUGGAGCGCCAUGAGAACGUCUCUCCGCUCCUAGCCCUCGGUUUUCUUUUCGUUGCGGGCAGAUCAAGCUCUAAUCCCCGGACCAGCAGCAGCAGCGGCGGCGGUGGUGGUGAGCAGUUCCAGUGUUAUGCCCGUUCAGCCGUUCGCCCCACGUUUGACGGACAAUGGGAGCUUUAACCAGCAGACAGAACAUAGGCGUGGAAGAAGUGGACAUCCCGUCCAAUUCGGUGUACCGUUAUCCGCCGAAAUCUGGAAAUUACUUUGCCAGUCAUUUCAUCAUGGGAGGAGAGAAGUUUGACUCCACACACCCUGAAGGUUACCUGUUUGGGGAAAACACGGACCUAAACUUCCUGGGGUCCCGACCUGUAGCGUUUCCCUACGCAGCACCUCCACCUCAUGAACCGGUAAAGACACUACGAAGCCUUAUAAACAUACGGAAGGACACGCUGCGACUUGUACGGUGCAGUGAAGACCUGAAGCUGCCUGGUGACGAGGCAUCUGGGAAAAACAGGGCCUGCUACAAUGUAGAGUUUACCUUUGAUGCUGACACACAAGUGGCCAUAACCAUCUACUACCAGGCCAUAGAGGAAUUUCAUAAUGGAGUGCCAGUUUACUUGCCCCAGGACAGCUCCAUGCAGUCUGAGACUGUGCAUUUUAAGAAGGGAGUUUGCCAGCAGUUCUGUUUGCCAUCACACACCGUCAACCUCAGUGAAUGGGCAGACGAGGAGCUGCUCUUUGAUAUGGACAAGGAGAUGUUCCCCAUGGUGGUGCAGGCUGUUGUAGACGAGGGGGAAGAACAUCUGGGACACUCGCACGUCCUGCUGGCUACGUUUGAAAAGCACAUGGACGGAAGCUACUGCGUGAAGCCUCUAAAGCAGAAACAAGUGGUGGAUGGAGUGAGUUAUCUACUGCAGGAGAUCUAUGGGAUAGAGAACAAAUAUAACAGCCAAGAAUCAAAGGUGGCCGACUAUGAGAUUAGUGACAACAGUGCGGAGUGUGUGGUGUGUUUGGCUGACGUUCGGGACACGCUCAUCCUGCCGUGCAGACAUCUGUGUCUCUGCAACGCCUGUGCAGUCACAUUACGCUACCAGGCCAACUGCUGCCCCAUCUGCAGACUGCCAUUCAGAGCUUUGCUGCAGAUCCGAGCGAUGAGGAAGAAGCUAAGUCCUGUGACGCCUACCAGCUUUAACCCCGUCAUCACCUCACAGACCUCAGACUCAGAAGAGCACUCGGUGUCAGAGCACAUUCCUCCCGGCUACGAAGUCGUGUCUCUGUUGGAGGCAUUGAACGGGCCCCUGAACACCUCUUCAGCCACUCCUCCGUCCCUCCACUCUGGCCCUAGCCACAUCCCUGGAACGCUGCCUCCUUACAGCACUGAGCCUCACCCGACACCGGCGCGAUCCCUCUCUCCUCUGGACCACUCCAAUUCCAGUCAGGGCCUCAAACUGAAGAAGAGUGGUUCAAAGUCCCUUUCCCAGAAUUCUUCGGUGCUUCCGGAAGAGGAGGAUGAGAAAUCAUGCAGUGAAUCAGAGGCAUGUCGCCACAAGCUCACUGUGGACCAGCAGGAGUGUGGAGUGACUCCAGACAGUGAGAACCUGACUCUGUCCUCGUCUGGAGCCAUCGAUCAGUCGUCCUGCACUGGCACUCCACUCUCCUCCACCAUCACCUCCCCGGAAGGGUCCUAUCUGGCUGGGGUCGAGGGCGAGCCUGGCGUAGAAGAGGCUGGAGGUGAUGCUGAGGGCGAGGAGAACCAGGACUGUACCAUGGAAAGGCGAGGACCAUUGAACCAUGACCAGGAGUUUUCCAGACAGCCAAAAGAACACAACUACUCCGUGGCUAUAGACGAGCAGGACUCUGAGGGAAAUGAUGUAACAGAAGAUGACUGCUCCUCUCCAUCUAAUGGAAAAGGUGGGCGGAGCAGGUGUCCAGAGUUGGCCAAUAACAAUCAGGGCGUCGGUCAGUGUGACACGCCCUCUUUGGGGCUGGAUAAUGAGCAGGCCACCGACAGCCGAUUCGCCGGUCUCUUGUACCUCGGGGGCUACCUGCCUGUUUUGGAGCCCCGCCCCCACCACACCUCCACCAGCAAUAUCAACCUGGAGGAGCAGGGGGGAGACAACCGAGACAGCCAGAGCCCUAAACAUCCUCGCCACGGACCACUCAACGUCUAGUACUCACACGUAAACACGAGCUCUUCCCCGAACCCUGUCACAGUGCUGCACUGCUGGAUAUUGUCCUCACCUCGACCAGAAAAUCCGUCCCCAUCUCUCUUGACAUCUCUUUGGAGCUGAAUGCAGUUGCCGGAACAAGAAAAUCUUCUGCAGAGAAAAGUAAAGAAAGGUCAAGAAAUAAUUUAAAAAAGCAUCACCUCUCCAGUGUUCAAAUCCCACUGAAGUAUUCCUUUUUGUUUCCCUCUGUGAUUUACCAUGUUGUGAGAAUGGUUAGCCUACUGCCACAUUAUUAUUAUUUAUUACCUGUUGGUGUAACCAGUGUGUGCUCUGUAUCAUGGCAGUAUCUUUACAAAA